UCAAAGGCUGAAAUCCCGCGAUGUUUGGUUUGUUCGCAAGAUGGCUGCCCGCAUGCAGAAGGCUGCUCAUGAUAUCCAGUCCCGGAGACGCACCGAUGAUGUUUUGCAGUCCGAGGGGCUGGAUUUCAGCUCGCUGCUGCUGUCUCAGCCUGUCCUGUUGGGUCUCGCCGCUUCGGGCUUCCAGAGGCCGUCCCCGAUACAGCUGAAGGCCAUUCCGCUGGGGAGAUGCGGGCUCGAUCUUAUUGUACAGGCCAAGUCAGGCACGGGGAAGACGUGUGUGUUUACCACCAUCGCUCUGGAUUCCUUGAUUGUGGAGAAUCCAGCGACACAGGUCCUGGUCCUCGCCCCCACCAGAGAGAUCGCGGUACAGAUCCAUUCUGUCAUCACGGCCAUCGGCAUUGAGAUCGAGGGCUUGCAGUGCCAUGUGUUCAUAGGAGGGACCCCUGUGAGUCUGGACAGGACCAGGCUGAAAAAGUGUCACAUUGCUGUCGGAUCACCAGGUCGCGUAAAGCAGCUCAUUGAGAUGGGCUAUCUCGCCACAGCCAGUAUCCGCUUGUUUGUUCUGGAUGAAGCUGACAAACUGCUGGAGGAAGGCAGCUUUCAAGACCAAAUCAACUGGAUCUAUUCAUCCCUCCCUGUGAAUAAGCAGAUGCUGGCUCUCUCUGCCACGUACCCCGAGUCCCUGGCACAGCACCUCGCCCGCUACAUGAGGGACCCCACCUUCGUACGCCUGAACCCCAGUGACCCGGGGCUGCUAGGACUGAAGCAGUAUUACAAAAUAGUGAAAUCCCACCCGCUGCCUCAUAAGAUCUUCCAAGAGAAAGUGCAGCAUCUUCUGGAUCUCUUCAGCAAGAUACCGUUCAACCAGGCUCUGGUCUUCUCCAACUUACACAGCAGGGCUCAGCGCUUGGCAGAUAUUCUCACUUCAAAAGGCCUCCCUGCUGUGUGCAUUUCAGGCAGUCUGACUCAGGACCAGAGACUGGAAGCCAUGUCGAAACUGAAGCAGUAUAAGUGCAGAGUCCUCAUCUCUACAGACCUGACGUCCCGAGGGAUCGAUGCAGAGAAAGUGAACCUGGUGAUUAACCUGGACGUGCCGCAGCACUGGGAGACGUACAUGCACCGCAUCGGAAGAGCCGGCCGCUUCGGCACUCAUGGCUUGGCAGUGACGUACUGUUGCCAUGGCGAGGAGGAGAAUGAAAUGAUGACCAUUGCUCAGAAGUGCAGUCUGAACCUCUCUUGCUUGCCAGAUCCUCUCCCACCAGGAUUAAUGGAAGAACCCUCUGACUGGGAUGUUACCAUUGAAAGUGUCCAGACCUUACCGGAUAGACCUGCAGCCUCCCCCAAGCUCAUGGAGUAUCGGAACCAAGGACUUCAGAUCAAAGGCACUGCAAGCCCCUUCCCAUCCCGGGGGGCUGAACCCCACAACACUCAACCAUUCUCACUGGGGAGACCCCAACCCAAGAAACCUGAACAGCCCCGACCCAUCAAGACAGAUCCCACCCCCAGAAAGCCUGUCAACGUCUCCGUGCUGAGAAGCGUUUCCACCUCUCAAACAACCCCCAGGGAGCUCCGAGAGAAACCGCAGAGCCUCUCCAUCCAGGACCAGGCAGCUCUGCAAGAUGCCUUGCCUAAAAUCUCUCCGCUGCCCUCUUUCAAAGCCAAGCCCCACUGCAUGAGACCCAUGAGCCUUGCAGAGCUGGCUGAAGAUUACGAAAGCUUUAUAAAAGAUGGGCCCGGGAGAACAGUGGAGAUUAUCAGACGAUAUACUGGUUUGAAUGACGCUGGCCAGCAGACUGUUGAAGAAGUCAAGGUGGAAGGUGGUGUAGAGCAAGGGGUUCCACAGGCUGUUUCUAGGGACUGCGAGAGGGAGAGCAGCUUCAACGCUCAGCUUAGUUCAUACAGUGACAGGAGCACCUCUGAGGACGGUGAGGAUUCCAGGGGCGUGGCCGGUGAGGAUUCCAGGGGCGUGGCCGGUGAGGAUUCCAGGGGUGUGGCCGGUGAGGAUUCCAGGGGCGUGGCCGGUGAGGAUUCCAGGGGCGUGGACAAUGAAGCUCUUGGAGAACCGAUGGAGGUUUCAAUGUCAAUUCAACGUUCUAUUGAGAAGAUCUCAACCUCUCCACCUGCUGUACCUAAACCAAGCGCUCGUAACCAGCGUGUCUUUGCUGAAGCAUUAAGUCAGCAUGCCACCGGUAAAACUGGCAUUCCAGAACACAGAGCUGGGCUGGAUCCCCACCCUGAACCACCACGGCAAAAGCCCAAGGCGAGUCGUAAAAGAGGAGCUGAGAAAAGCCGGUUUGGUGCUGAGGACCAUGACGGAGCCCAAGACCAGGGGUCUGAAGAGCCCGGGCAGGACAGUCCUCAGGAAUACUGGAAGGCCUAUUUUGAGGCUUGGCAUAGAUACUACGCUGCUGUGGGGCAGCCCCAUCAUAGAGGCUACCGAAGAUCUUUUAACUGGAUGAGUGCGUAUCAGAUGAACUCCGUGUACAUGGAAGAGCUGCUCAAGCAUUGAGAAGUGCUGUCAGUGAAGGGACCUUUCAAAAUGAAGCUCCCCACUUUCUAGUUUAAUACAGUGGGGGUUAUUGUCGAAGCACAUAGGUGGAUAAUAAUUUAAUAAGGUUGUUUUAUCGGGCAAGACAGCAUUGAUUUCAUGUAGAUACAAUAUAGUUACAUACUUGGUAAAAGCGAGUACUUCACAUUGCUUAAAAUGGCUGAUUUCUGUUUUCUAUACUGUUUUUUUUCUGGUGAAUAUAAAAUUAAUAAAAAUAGCAAUUUGUCGUU